UGAUGUAAGAGAAAGCAAAGGCAGGGAUUGGAGUAAGGGGUGUAUAACUGAGACUAUAAAAACUCAGAGAGAAAACUCACCAUCAGGGCUGAGUUUGGAAGAAACUGCACAGACAGGAUUCUAAAGUUAGAAUCUCCUGAUUUUUCACAAGAUGCUGGACGGGAGACUGGCAAAUGCACAUUUUAUUCUGGCUGUGACGUUGAUGCUAUGGAGUUCAGGAAAAGUACGCUCAGUGGAUGUAGCAACAGAGGCUUUUGAUUCUGGAGUCAUAGAUGUGCAGUCACCGCCCACAGUCAGGGAAGAGAAAUCAGCCACUAACCUGGCAGCAAAACUCUUGCUUCUUGAUGAACUUGUGUCCCUGGAGAAUGAUGUAAUUGAAACAAAGAAGAAAAGGAGCUUCUCUGGUUUUGGGUCUCCCCUGGACAGACUCUCGGCUGGCUCUGUCGAUCAUAAAGGUAAACAGAGGAAAGUAGUAGAUCAUCCAAAAAGGCGAUUUGGUAUCCCUGUGGAUCGGAUUGGUGGAAACCGUCUCUCAAAUUCCAGAGGCUAAUUGAUUCCAACUACACAACUUCCCUGGGUGAAAUCACAGAAACAUGGAAGAUGCUUCAGUGAAGUUCUUUACACUCCUUAAUGAUUAAACUUUUAAGGAACUGA